ACAGUUCAAGUACGUAUGUACGAUUUUCGAUAAAGUUAAUCAGUUUUCGUUUAAAUUUGAUGUCUAAAUAAUAAUAAUGUGUAAUUGUAAAGAUUGUAGAUUUUUUUAAAUGUCUUUGCAUUAGGUGAUCCGCUUGCCUUUAUUCCUAAAGAGAUAGUAAACAUCAUGAUCAAAGAUAUCUUAAAGGCAUACUUAAAAUCGAUUUCACCUAAUCUUUAAGCCUGGAAAAAUACAAGAAAACUCGGUGCAGCGAUGUCGGAACAGGAUUUAAAGUUACAAUUCGAAACCAUGGAGGCCCCUGACUUCAAAGAAUUUGCAAAAGCAAUGACUGAUUACAUUGCUGAGUACUUGGAAAAUAUUCGUGACAGACAAGUUGUUCCGUCAGUAAAACCUGGCUACCUUCGACCAUUAGUUCCGGAACAAGCACCGCAACAACCGGAGCCUUGGACUGCUGUGAUGGCGGAUAUCGAGCGCGUGGUUAUGUCCGGGGUCACCCACUGGCACUCGCCUCGGUUCCACGCCUACUUCCCAACCGCUAACUCGUAUCCCGCUAUAGUAGCAGACAUGCUCAGCGGCGCCAUCGCUUGCAUUGGUUUUACUUGGAUUGCUAGCCCGGCAUGUACAGAGUUGGAAGUGGUUAUGUUGGAUUGGUUGGGUCAAAUGCUUGGCCUGCCAGAAGAGUUCUUGGCGCGAUCAGGUGGCGAGGCCGGCGGUGUAAUCCAGGGCACGGCUAGCGAAGCUACUCUUGUCGCACUGCUAGGAGCCAAGUCUCGCAUGAUGCAAAGAGUCAAGGAACAACACCCUGAAUGGAGUGACACCGAUAUAUUAUCCAAGCUCGUCGGCUAUUGUAAUAAACAAGCCCAUUCUUCGGUGGAGCGAGCUGGACUCCUCGGCGGUGUUAGGCUAAAAUCACUACAGCCAGACGGUCAACGUCGUCUUCGCGGAGACACUCUUCGUGACGCUAUUGAUGAAGACAUCCGCAACGGUCUCAUUCCAUUCUAUGUUGUUGCUACAUUGGGUACAACUUCAUCCUGCACAUUCGACGCUCUUGACGAAAUUGGAGAUGUCUGUCUCUCACAUGGAAUUUGGCUUCACGUCGAUGCCGCCUACGCUGGAUCUGCUUUCAUCUGCCCUGAGUAUCGAUACCUUAUGAAAGGCGUUGAGAAAGCGGAUUCAUUUAAUUUCAAUCCUCACAAAUGGAUGCUGGUCAAUUUUGAUUGUUCAGCAAUGUGGUUGAAACAGCCACGAUGGAUCGUCGAUGCUUUCAACGUUGAUCCUCUUUACUUGAAACACGACCAGCAAGGCUCAGCGCCAGAUUACCGUCAUUGGCAAAUACCGUUGGGCCGCAGAUUCAGAGCGCUGAAGUUGUGGUUCGUUUUGCGAUUAUACGGUGUUGAGAACUUACAAAAACACAUCAGAAAACAGAUCGCAUUGGCCCAUCUGUUCGAGAAGCUUUGCACUUCAGAUGAUAGAUUCGAGUUGUUUGAAGAAGUCACUAUGGGUUUAGUGUGUUUCAAACUGAAAGGAAGCAAUGAAAUCAAUGAAGAACUAUUACGCCGUAUAAACGGACGUGGAAAAAUUCAUCUUGUCCCAUCUAAGAUCGAUGAUGUCUAUUUCUUGAGAUUGGCUAUUUGCUCGCGUUUCUCCGAAGAAAGCGAUAUACAUAUUUCUUGGGAAGAAAUAAAAUCGAGUGCUGACGAAGUUCUUAAAAGCCAAAAGAAGUAAAUAGUAGUCUCAUAGCAAAAUAAUUUUGAGCUUUCCUAUUAGUAUUUAUUCAUAAUUACAAAGAUACAUUAAUAUGUAAUCUUUUUAAAUUACUAUAUUAUAUACCUUACAUACACACUAGUAAUUGCAUUGUUUAGAAAUAUUCUUUAAAUUAAUACGAUUGUUAUAAUUUUUUUUUUUUAAUAUAUUGCAAUGAGAUCUAUUACGUUCAAUUCGAGCGUAUGUAGGUUGUUGGCGAGGAAGAGGAGGCAAGCAGUGGUGUACAGACGAAAUGAAUAUUUUAUUUUUUCCUUCUAAAUUAUAUUUGAAAUAACGGCCGUGCGGCCGUGACAAUAUACAGGUACACAGGUGUUGUUCGUAAGGUUGCUGCGAGAAAAGUGACGGUGCGGUUGCAGUAGUGCUCGUUGACCGAUUUCUUUUUUUGGUAGUUUUUGUGCGCAUAGACAUGUGAGCAUAGACAUGCCCCCGGCCUUGGAAGCUGACAGACUGCAGGGUCGCUUUCAAUGUUAAUCAUACUUCAACUGGAAGCGGACAUAUCUUAGAAAAUGCCCUCUUAAUGGUUCCUGUGGCAGUGCGGAUUUCGGCAACUCUUGACACGCCGUCUUGGCCAGGUAGGACCGAUGUGACUCUGCCAAGAGUCCACUUGAGUGGCGGAGAGUUGGUGUCCUUGAUUACCACUAACGUAUUCAGUUUCAGGUCUGAGUGAUUGGACUUCCAUUUUGUUCUGGUCUGCAUCUCGCUGACGUACUCCUUGGACCAGCGGUUCCAAAAAUGUUGGCGUAUUUGUUCGACUCGCUGGUACCGGGUCAGACUGGACAGUUGUCUCUCUUGCAGGUCAGCGCAAACAGGUGCAGUCAGCGGACGACCAACUAGAAAAUGAGCAGGACAAAGAGGGGAGAGGUCGUGUGGAUGUGAGGAAAGAGGGGUGAGAGGUCGGGAGUUCAUUACAGCCUCUAUCUGAGCCAGUGACGUACUCAACUAUUCAAAGGUUAAAUGCGCAUUACCUAACACACGCCGGAGGUGAUAUUUACAGCUCUUUACUCCGGCUUCCCAUAAUCCACCAAAAUGAGGCGCGUAAGGGGGAAUAAAUUUAAAAGUAAUAUUUUGACUAGUGGCAUAAUCAACAAUAUCACCUGAACAAUUUGAUAAAAAUUUUGUAAAUUCGUUCAUGAGUCCUACAAAACAUUUUCCAUUAUCAGAAUAAAUUAUUGAAGGUUUUGAACGCCUAGAGAUAAAUCUUUUUAAUGCUAGACAGUAAGCAUCCGUAGUGAGAUCGCUAACCAGCUCCAAGUGCACAGCGCGAGUGGUAAAACAUACAAAUAAACAAAUGUAAGCUUUGACAGUUUUAGCUCCUUUGCCUUUUCUAUUCAAUAUGAGCACUGGACCGGCGUAGUCUACACCACAGUGUAUGAACGGAUAGCCUGGAUGCAACCGUUCGGGAGGUAAAUCGCCCAUGAUAGGUUGUGGCGUUUUGCCUCGCAAUCGUGCACACAACACACAGUCGUGGAAUACCUUCCGGGCUAAGUUGCGUCCCCCUAGUGGCCACCGUUUUUCUCUCAAUGUGUAAAGCAAUAACUGUGGUGCAGCGUGUAGAAGUUUGUUAUGUUCACAACGAAAAAGUGUAACGGUAAAAUGAUGUUUGCAUGAAAUUAAAAUUGGAUGUUUUUUAUUGUAAUUGAAUUCUAAUGAAUUGUUGAGCCGACCCCCAACUCGAAUAAUUUGAUUUUCAUCUAUAAAUAAAUUUAAAUUUGACAAUUUAUGUUUACUAGGUAACGCUUUGUUAUUAGUCAAGAAAUCGUAAACAUCGCUAAAUGAUUCUUGUUGAACUAAGUGAAUUAAAAAAUUGAAUGAUUCUUCAAAUUCAUUUGCACUCACGGGCCCUGUCCGUGAGUCAUUCGCAUGGUGUUUGUUAUAUGCAACGCGCUUCAAACGGGCAACCGCACGAAUCAGUCUAGUUAAAUUAGAAAAUCUUUCAAAGGGAAACUUAUAUGGUUUAUUGUUAUUAGAAAUGACGUAUGAACGAAUAUUUUUAACUUUUAGCACUCAAUAAAGCACCACAUAAUUCCAAUCGGUUAAUGCUGAGUGGUUUGAUAGGUGCUACUUUACCCUUUGAACACAAAAGAUCAACACUAAUCGUAAAGUCUGUAUGUAUAGUUCGAAUGUAUGCGCAAGCGCCGUAGCCCAGCUGCGAGGCAUCGCUAAAUAUGUGUAGUUCUACGUAACUAGGGUUGGAGCCAAUAACGAGUCGCGGCACUCGUAAAGUGUUCAGAAUCGAAAGCGAUUUUUCGAAUUGGUUCCAAGACGUUAAUAUGUCGUUGGGAACGUGUUCAUCCCAGUCUAGUUUGUGUAACCACAUUUUUUGUAAUAAUAUUUUCCCCAUCAUUAUAAAAGGACUAAGUAGACCAAGUGGAUCAAAUAUUUGAGAGACACUAGAAAGUAUAAAACGCUUAGUAAUUUUUUUUAUUAUCACCUUUGAACUGAGUGUGAUAAUACAGUUCAUCGGUGAAAUUAUUCCAACCUAGGCCUAGUGUACGACAGUUAACGUUUUCACCCAAUGAUAGAUCUAUGUUAUUUUGAUUUAUGUUAAUAUUAUUUAAGUUGCAGUCAUUCGCAUUAAAGUUGAAUGUCCACUUGCGUAGUGGAAAACAACCCGAUUCUAGGACUUUCUUUGUUUUGUGACACAAACGUAAAAUAUGUUCUAUGGAAUCGGAUCCUGUGAUCAUGUCAUCAACGUAAAAAUCAUUAUUUAUGAUCCAUUGAACAGUUGAGGUGCUGUGAUUACGAAGAACGCCGUGAUGCGGCAUGAUAUAAUGUGGCGUACCGUAUAAGUCUACACGAGUCAUGUGCCCUAGACUGCAGUACUCGUUCAUGAACUCUGUGUAUAUAUAUUUUUUUUUUUAAAUAAAGGGUUGCCCUGUAAUCGUUUUUCAAGUGAUAAAAAUUGUUGUUCAGCUAUCGUGUAUGUAUCACCUAAAAUGUCUGGAGAACGUUUCAGAGGUAUUUUGACGCAAAAUCUACCAUCAGCUGUUCGCAUCGUAUUUUUGAUGAAAUGCUCUUCGCAUGCAAUCUCAUCAUCGCUUAAUAAAUUAGCCUUUGGUAGCUCCUCAAGUUCCAAAAACAUUUUUAAUUGAUUGUCGAUAGCUUGUGUAAAAUUGCAAUGAAUUAAAUUGUCGCAUUUUGAAUUAUUAGAGUGCAUAAGUCCCGAAAUAAUCCACCCUAACUUUGUAUUUUGAAGGAAAGGUCCAUUUUGCAAGCGCAUCUUUCCUUCGGUUAACAAGUCCCAAAACAUGUCCGCACCAAUUAAAAUAUCUAUUUGUUGACUUUCAUUAAAGUGCGCAUCGGCUAACUGAAUGUUGUUAGGUAAUUGUAAAAGUUCGCUUUGUAUAGAAACGGGUGGCAACGAAGAAGUUAUCUCGGGCAGCACGAAACAUUGUAAGCGCGUAAUAAAAGUGCCAGCUAUCGCUUUUAUUUCAACUUCACAUGAUUGCGCACUGUGAGUUAUAGAAUUUCCGACACCUUUGAUGUGAGUAGUGGACUGUAUGGUAGGAAUACUAAGUAAAUCGCAUAAUCGCUUUGUGAUGAAACAUCGCUCGCUUCCACAAUCGAGCAGAGCGCGCGCGAUGUGACGUUUACCGUCGUUGGAUACUAUCUCCACCUGAGCCGUUGACAAUAAUACAAGAUUCACACUAGUUAAUUGCUCGCUUCGUAUAUCUAAGUGUGAAGUAUGCGCGUAUGUAUAACUUGCAACGGCGUUCGCAUCGGAGGAGUUGUUUACGCUUAGAGAAACCGGUUUGUUAUCGCUAGAAAUGGUCGCGGCAGCGGCGACCGACUGAUCCGCAUGAAUCAUUGUGUGAUGCCGUUUAUUACAUUUACGACAUGAACCGAACCUGCAGUUUGAUACUGAAUGUCCUGGUCGUAAACAAUUAGGACACAAGUUAUUGUCCUGAACGAAUUUCAGUUUUUUUUGUAAAUUAAAGUCAAUAAAAGAUUGACAAGUGUAUAGUGGAUGAUAAUUCUCGCAUAAUAAGCAAGCGCGUGGUUUUUUAUAUUGUUGUUGUGAACUAUUUGUAGUGAGUGAUACUGGAGACACAUGGCAGUGGACCUUAGACGUAGGCACUUGUUUAUACGCUUUAUUGUUAGUGCUAUGUGUAACCAAUAAUGUUUCUAACAUGUCUGCCCUAUUUUUGAGAAAAGUUAUUAAAUUAUCUACCUUAACUGCCGGUGUAGUUUGUUUGGAAGUGUCGCCACUGCUUACGGCGGGAAUGGAACUUCGGUAUUGCUCCCAUUCUCGUUCGGUGGUGCUAUCUAAUUUACAAACCACCAUAUAUAUGAUGAGUGUAUCCCACGUUUCUACCGGUUCGUUAAGUAGUUUUAAAGCGCGUAAGUUUUUCAAGAUAGUGUCUAUUAAUUUACGAAUAUGAGUAGGUGACUCUUUAACUAGAUUUUGAAUAGAAAAUAGGGCUUUAACAUGAUUGUGAACUAGCAACCUUGUGUUGUUGUACCUGUUACAAAUUAAAUCCCAUGCUACUGUGUAAUUAUUAGAGGAGAAUUCCAAAGAAUCAAUAACCAAUGCCGCAACGCUUUUUAAUGAAGAUUUUAGGUAAUGAAACUUUUGGAUUGGAGUAAUAUCCGCAUUGUUGUGUACUAAAGAGAGAAAGGUGUCCCUGUACUCCAGCCAGUGCUCAUAUGAUCCGUCAAAGGUAGGCAUAGCUAUGGUAGGUAGUUUUACAGCGUGUGAGCCUGGAUGUGAGCUUGGAGCAACCUCACCAGAUGAAAGUAAGCUUUUAGCUUGAGCUAUAAUGGUGUAGUAAGCACUUUCAAAGCCUUCGCGUAAUUCCAGUUGUUGGAAAAGGUCAUGAUCGUUGACUGAUAGUUCAAUCUCGCUUUGUAUUUCACUGAACUCAUCAAACAUUUUAGAAGCCGUCGAAAGCCGUAAUUCUAAUUCUGCGCGUUUAUUUGUACAUGAAACUAGUGAAUUCUGAUCCAAGCUAUUAAUUUGUUUCGUUAAAACUGUUAAUCUGCCUCUAAUAAUACCUCUUUUUUUAAUUAAAAUGGAUAGAGGGUCAUUGCUUUUUGAAAUUGGACUUUUGGGAGAUUUUUCUGGAAUCAUUAAUUUCUCGGUGCUCAUUUUGGUGGGUGAUAGAAAAACACGGAGUACUUACGGUUUUCGUUCUAGGUAAACUACGUGUAGUAAGUUCUGCACGGUAGGUAGCCACGACAAAAUGGCGACCGGUAGACGCAAUUAAGACUGGAAUCUGCAGAUAGAACGCUAUUAGCACAGGUAAGCAGUGAGGAUGGGAAGGAAACUAGUGGCCGUCUUACCGAAAUACACCGUUUGCGAUGCUGAUCACUCUGUUCUCUGGCGGUUGGAAGCUGAUCCGUCUUCGUAUGGUGGAUGAAAUUAUCCGGCUCGAAGGACCAAUGUUGGCGAGGAAGAGGAGGCAAGCAGUGGUGUACAGACGAAAUGAAUAUUUUAUUUUUUCCUUCUAAAUUAUAUUUGAAAUAACGGCCGUGCGGCCGUGACAAUAUACAGGUACACAGGUGUUGUUCGUAAGGUUGCUGCGAGAAAAGUGACGGUGCGGUUGCAGUAGUGCUCGUUGACCGAUUUCUUUUUUUGGUAGUUUUUGUGCGCAUAGACAUGUGAGCAUAGACAAGGUAAUUAUCAUUGCGCAUGAAUAUCAGCAAUAUCCGGGACAUAGCCGAGUCAUGUUAGCUCUUCUAGACCUCGAUUGAAGCAUAUGCUCUCAGGUGCACUCUCCCAAUAAACGUAUUUUUUUUCAAACUGGACGGUGGAAACACUUUCUACAAAUUCUGGUUUGAUGAAGGAUGGCAUUUAAUGAAGGAGAACUGUGGUCUCCGAUGGCCAGAUGUUACCAAUGGUCGGUUAUGUAUCGAAAAUCGAAUGAUCCGUUUGUGAAUGAAGCUUCGAUUGUUGAUCGAAGGUAUUAAGUCGAAUGGAAGUUUCCGGUACUUAAGAUGACCGCCCAUGAAGAUUAUUUUUUUUAAUUAUAGCAAUAAUUGAAGUAAAACAACACUUGAUAUCCGCAUUAUAUUGCAAAAUACGUAAAAUAAUGUGAUUGUAUGUUAUGCUUGUGAUAUAAAAUAAUUUUAAUAAUAAGUAAAAUUGAAUUGUUUUAGUUAAAAAAAUAUUGUUGUGAAAAUUGUGUAUUAACAUAGACAUAUCUAUUUACGUAUUUAAAAGAGAUUUUGAAAAAAAUAUUUAUUGCAUUAAAAAUUCAUGCUUGCGUGACUUGUUAAAAGUAAAUUUGUUAAGUGAAAUGUGUUUAGGUUGUUGUUGCUUAAAUAUAUAGAAAUUAUAAAUAUAAAUUUUGGCUGUAUUUAGUGAAACGAUA